UACCGUGUCAGUUUAAGUCAGCGGUUCUCAACCUGUGGGUCGCGACCCUUUCCCAGGGGUCGCCUAAGACCAUCUGAAACAUAUAUGCUAUACAGUCACGAAGCAGCAACGAAAAUAAUUUUGUGGCUGGGGGUCGCCACAACACGAGGAACUGUAUUACAGGGUCGCGGCAUUAAGAAGGUUGAGAACCACUGGUUUAAGUGAUAAGUGUAGUAACUCUAAACCAAGUCUCUGAUACCCUGUAUAGUCUGUAGCCUACACUUUAGUAGGCUGGAUAGAUGAGUCUUAAAAGAAGGCAUGGUAGUAAGUAUUUUCAUUUUUGGUAUAUUUUAAUUUAUCAAUGUGAAACUAUUGACUUUGGCCUGCGUACACCGCGGCGGUGUACCUAGCUAAAUCAUGGUCUGCGGACUGCGUACACCGCAGCGAUUUAAAGUAGCAAAACAUGGUCUUUGCGAGUCUUUAACUUUUUGGCCUAACUGGUACUUGUAGAUUUAAUGUUAUACUCUUGUUAAAACUGGAAACUAUUUAUUUCAAAUCGUUGAGUACCUUGGGAGGAAGCUUUUGUUUGAGUAAGUUCCACGCUUAUAACUUAUGUGGCAAAGUACUUAUAAUAAACUUAUAAGAGCAUUUCUUAUUAUUUAUUGGAAGGGAGGAGGCUGGGGGUGUAAUGUUAAACCAUGAUUUAUUUUUAAAGUUAACCACUUUAUUUCCCCCCAUAUAUUGAAAUACAAAUAUAUUUAUUAAUUGUUAAAGUUUUAUCCUAUGAUUGUGAAUCUUAAUAGUAAUAGGCAUAAAAAGGGUAGCUAAUUUGAAAUUAUCCCCCCCCCCCGGUUUGUUUUUAUUUUGGGUGUGGGGAGGCAUGAUAAUUAUAGCAUUGUAAGUGAUUCCUCAGGGCGUGGUGUAAAAAUGAAUGGGAAGCCAGUGUAUCCAUUUUGUUAGCACCAACAUAUAAUUAUGCCACAAAUACAUUACGGCAAUUACGGGAAGAGAAUCACAUACAUUGAUCAUGAAGUCGUGAAGUUAAAGUUGUCCGAGGCAUUGUCAUUGUGAUAUCAAGCGAUUGUCAACACAACAACAGUAAGAUGAUCAAUACGAAACACUGCAGUGAUUGUUAAAAGUAUUUUAACGAUAAUUAAAUAUCCAUGAAUUAGUUGUACAUUGGCAUUACACAUAAGUAAAAAAUGCCGGCGGACAUCAGCACCCCCUCUCCGGGUUGGGGGCGGGGGGUAUGCAAAAGGUAAGUUUUUUGCGCGGACGUCCUUUGUGAACAACCCUUAUCCAGAGCCAUGAUUUGUGUAGGCCCCUCAUUUUCGUUGAACCUCUGCCCAUAAAUCACCCCCACCUCCCUGCAAGGAUCGCUUUCUUAGCAAAAAAAACAACAAAUAAAAAAACGUUGAAAUAGCGCAAAUUCUAUCCCAAGUGCAUUGUGCAAUGAUUUCUGUGAGAAAACGUCGUGUUGUACCUGAGAAUAGCAAAUCCCAUGCCAUUCUGAAAACACGACCAUGCACAUUAAUAUUCAUAUGAUAUUAUUGAUAAACUCGUAUUUUCUAUGGGUGUUCGUAAAGUAAAAUGUAAAUAUUCAACUACAAGAAGAAUGUUGAAAUACAAUACAAUAUCACUUAGUAUUCAAAAUGUUUCUCUUAUACAUGUUACAUACACCAUACAUGCGUUUUCAGAAACUUUCAGUUUGUUUUCUAAAGUCAUACUCAUAUUACUAAUAUUACCGGUAUUUUCAAAGUCAAAGGCCAGCACAACUUGUUGAAACACUUAAUAAUCAGUUAAUAAUCUGAAUACAACAUAUAUUUAAUUUAAAUUGCUUAAAUUGCUAUAAAAUAUUUAAAAACUUCUCAGGAAACUACUGUUGCAAAUGAACAUGAUAAUUUAAAUAUAAAAUAUUUUUAAUUAAAAUGGGAAGGAACAAAAACUCGAUCCACUACUGGGAAUUGAGCUCAAAAUAUAAUAUCUCCAAGCGUCCACUCUACCACUAGACCACACAAGAUCUUAUUCAACAGGCUUUUCUUAAAACCAGGCCAAUGGUAAAUUUUUGCCGCGGUGUACCCAGGCCAAAGCCGGUGGUUUCGCUAGGUACACCGUUGCGGUUUACGCAGGCCAAAUUCGAUGGUUUUGCUAGGUACACCGCCGCGGUGUAAGCAUCCACUUCGUUAAUUUUAUUAGGUUUAUAGUAAUGAUUUGUACAAGAGUAUGUCACAUUAUUUAAUGUCAAUCAAACUAAUCAAAGAUCAUUAUGAUUUAAAAUUUAAACUGAAUGGGUUUUGUUUUGGCCAAAUUUUAAAUUAAUGAAUUGCGAUCCGAUUGAGUAUCAUUGACUCUCAUGGAGUGUGAGUAUGGUUUAGAUGAAUCUCUAAUAAUUCACGGGUGGCUUUUAAUUGAGGUGUGCCUCUACCAUGCAAAGGUGCAGAAAGCAGUGGAAGGGGUUGAAGGAAGACCCAGCAGAAAAUGAGCAUUAUUAGAGUAGAGUAUAUUUUAAUUGGGAGUGAGUGUGAGAAAUAUGUUUUGGUUAAGUCCUUAAAGCCUUAAAGGGAUACGCAUGGGGAUUCAGUAUUGAAAUGAAAAGGGGUGGGGUUGGCCUCAAAAGUCAAGAACCCCCUCUUUAUGUCAUGACACUAAUUUUAAAAGAAUUGAUGUUUGACUUGUUCAAUAUUUUUGUAUUUCUGAUUUUAUAUUCUAUAAAAAGUAGCCUACCUAUAAUAGGCAUAAUUAAUCCUUUCCGCCGCAACUGGGUGUAAUACACCUGGAGACAGACUGUAAUUGCUGAUAUCUUGAGUCCCCUUUCAAAAAUCUUUCUCAUACUUGACCUAAUCCACAAGGUAGGUAGUUGGAAUGAACACCUUGGUGGAUGCAAUUGUAUGAAGCAUGCAAAAGUGACUUAUUUUUGGGGGCCUAAUCUUUUUUUUCUACAGUCCCUAACAACUCAAACUCCCGUGCAUAAUUUAUUAAUAGAAGAAAAGAGACGUCUAAAAUGUUUAGUGAACAUUUUUGUUUGGUUGUUUGUUGAUGAUUAUUUGAGGGUGUGUAAUCCAUAAAAUAGAUUUUAAAUUUUGACCAUAAAUAAAUAUUCUGAAUGCAUUUGGGUACCAACAAUAAUAACAUGUAGUAUUUAACUUGACAAUCCAUUUCAAAGCAGAACAGUCACUUGUACACAUGGAAAUAAGGGCUUUGCACCUCAGCUAGCACAGUUUUACAUAAAAGAGCAGAAUGGUCUUUGCAAAUAUAAAUAUAUCUAAUAAACUAGCAGAGUUGAAGUGGUUUGGGCAGCUGUUUGAAGUGCUGAUUUGUCGAGGGGCAGAGCUUUCUUUUGCGGAACCUCUUGGGUAGGAAUAUCUUGUUCCGUUUCACUGUUCCAACUAUAGGGUGAGUCUGUACUCAGUCAUUGGUUCUGCAAGUUGUAGGGGAAUGAAAUAAUAGUCUGUUCUGAAAUUAUGGCCAUUUCCAUGGAGGUCCCUUGUGAGAGAAAUCACAAUCUCUGGGGAUAAUCCAACAUUUCUCUUUGCUGGCAAGGCACUUAUAUUUUCUUUGCUGAGGGCAGCCUCUCAGAGAAGAGUUCUAAGAAGAUUUUUAUUAAAUAUUUGUCGGGCUUGCUUAGCAUAUAUUGCAUAAAUCUGCACUGACCUCUGAAACCAACCAGUUGCUCACCUACUGUGAUGUUCUCUCCAGGAACAUAAUACCUUGCCAAAUUAAUCAGGAAUGCUUCUCAUACAUCUCUUAUGGAAUCAAAGCUAGUUCCAGCUUCAAGGUGUGUUGGUUCAGUAAGAAUAAAACUAGGCUGAAUCUGAAAUGAUACAAAAUAGAUAUGAAGUCAUAAGCUGACAUGUCCCAUUCCAACAGCAACAAAUUCAGAUUGAGGUAUUGAAAGUGACAAAGCUUGUACAUAUACAUCCAAUGUGUGGAUAGAUUUAUAAGUCUUUGUCAUUGGUAGCGUAAGAUAUGUUGCUUAGCGACAAUGUUGGACCAAGUGAGCAUUUUAAUUAAAGUAUGAUACAUUGAAUUUAGUCAAAAUGGAACCAGAAAUCCAUCGCCACUAUUGGGACCCGGGUCCCAUUAGACUUAGGCUAUUCGGAUGUCAUUUGUGGUAGUUUAUUUUAGUUAAACUGAAUAAAUAAGUUUACAAACACAUAGUCCAUUCAAUUAUCCUUCAUUUGAUACCAAAUUUAGGCUUACAACCUAACAAUAAUAUUUUAUUUUAAAUUUUAAUCCCAGUAUUAAUUAAAAGUAUGAUAUUUUUUGUAUAGUUGUGAUCACAGUGUUUCGUAUCUGUGUUGAUCACUGGGAAGGGAAAAGGUAUAUGUCUUUGAAGCUAUUUUGCCUAUAGCUGUGGCAGGUAACUUGUACAGGUGACAAAUUCCUGGAGGCUUAUCUGAUCCUGUUGACAGCAUGGCUCACAAAGUGAUGUAGCAACAACACAGGGCCUUCCUUGAUUCAUGACAUGAACAUCAUGACACUUCCUUCUUGAUAUUUUUUACAACACAACUCCCCCUACAAAACUGGUCUUCGUUGUUUGCCCCAAUUAGAUUAAAAAAAAGACUUGUUAUUUUUCUUUUUCUACAGGGAUAAAGGCCUAACAUGUUGACUACUGCUUGCUGCUGAAUUAUUAAGUGCACCUUGGUGGUAUGUUACUUGCAUUUUAUUUUCAAUUGUUAAAUAUUAUAGGGUGAAAUAAAUCAUAUUUUCUGGCAUUCCUAUUUGGGUUGGCUUGCAGGGAUCUGCUGCAUUUAUGUCAAUUUUCUUUUAAUGAUUUGAUUAAAAUGUUCAACCAAUUCCAUUUUUAAAAAAAAAGAAAAAGCUUAUUCAUCACUGAAUUUUUUAUUAAUUUUCUUAUUCACAUAUUUACUAAAAUAAGCUCUCUAAUAAAAUUAAAGAUUGAAAGAAAGGUUACCAUAUAAAACAGUUCAAUCCCACUUAGUUUUAGCUGGGAAAAGUAUGAAACCUGCUCAUAAGCCAACCCCAUAAAAUAAUAUGCCUGUAGAAGCAAUAUCGAACCGAGGAAAAUAAUUUAUUUAAAAAAAAACAAAUUUAAAAAAAUAAAUAUUGUGUAAGUCAAAAAGACUUAAAAAAUAAUAAACAUACAGUAUUAUGCUCACCACUAAUACUCAAUUCACUUAUCUACUGGUAUAUACAGUAACCAUACAGAGCAUUUACCAGAAUAGGUACUUGGGCAUCUACAAUUUCAUUCCCAAAAUGAGUAAAAAAAAAUGUGUGACUAUUGGCGCAGCUAGGGUUAGUGCCCUCCAGGGUGGGUCAAGGUUUUUUUUUUUUUCCCCCCCCCCCCCCCCCCCCCUCCUUUUCCACCAAAUAAGAACGCUGCAGUUGGUUCAAAAUGCUACCCCUCAAUAUAAGGAAAAAAGUUCCACACAACCUUCCUAUGCCACUGCAUGUGACCCAUUUUGUACACAGCAUUAUGUUGAAUUCCAUUAUUUUUGUUUUAACAUUGACUAAUGAACAAGUAUAUACAGUUUCAAUUUAGUUAAAAAACAAAACAACCAAAACAAUUUUUUAAACAAUAUAAUUCUUUAACAUUAAAUCUUUUUGUUCUAUUCUCUCCUUGCUCUGCAGUAUUCAUGUAAAAAUGAAAUCUGAUCAAGAAAACAGCACUGUAGUAGCCAAUGGGGCUGGCUUUCCACAAAUAGAAUUUGAGUUGGUUCAAGAUCAAGAGGCAGAGGAGACAGAUGGUAUCAAGAAAUGUGCAGGUCUUCAAUCUUGCUUUGAGAAAUGCACACAUCCAUGUUUAGCAUCCUCUCAUCCCCUGCCACACAAUGCUAACUGCCCAAGCAGAUUCCUGGACAACUUUUUAUGUCCACCUCAUUCAAGGAUGGGUGCUAUCAUCUUUAUGAUUUUAAUCACAGCUUCAAUUUGGGCAACCUUGGUGUCAGUAACAGGAGACACAGCAUUACCAGGAGGGAAUCUGUUUGCACUGCUAGUUCUGUUUGUAGCAUGCUGGUGUGGUGGUUACCUGGUCAGAUUGAUACGACUUCCUCCUCUUCUUGGUAUAUGACAUUCUUUCAAUUAAUUUUUUUAAAAGCAUGCAUUUAAGUUUAAGGUAUUAAAAUGAAGCUUCCUCCAAAAAAAAUUUUUUUCUAAAAAUACAGUUAAAAUUAAAUUUUCAGGUAUGCUUGUUGUUGGAGGGAUGCUUGGGAAUGUGCCAUAUAUAGAUGUAGCAAAAAAUAUGGAUCGUGCAUAUAUAUUUAGCUUAAGGUAAGAAAAGUUUAAAUUAUUUGAUAUUUUCCACGUUAAGCUGGCAAUUAUAAUUUUGUGAGUGCAGAAAUAUAGUUUAUGUUUCUCGAAUCUACUUGCACCUAGCUUAACUAGAUAAUAAACCUUAUAUUAAGUUAUUUAUAUGUGCUGCUUUAGCCACAUAAUGAAGAACAAGGAAAUGGUAAAGUCUUUAACUUUACAUUGUCCGGAUACAUACGCAAAUAGAUACAUUAAAUCUUUUAUUGAAAGUUUUAGAAUUUCAUAUAGCAUCAUUAAAAUGUAAAGAGUAAAAUAUAUUGAAUGUGCAUUCACAUGUCUUAUCUUAUUCGCCAUAUAUAGUUUUGAAAAGGGGUAAAAUUAGCACAUUUAAAUCAGAUUAUGACAUGAAACAUUUGUUUGUUUUUUUGAGAAGCUACCCAGUAGAAAAGAUUCAAAAAAGCAUAUGGGUAUAAGGAAAGUCAUUGGCUGCUGCUAAGCAGUGACAUAAAGGUAGAUUAUAAUAUUUAUUGGUUAUAUUAAUUUUAACUGCUGGCUCAUAUUCCAGGUAACAAGCUUAGAGUUAUAAAAUGAUAAAUUACAUUUUUUUCAACUGCUAUUAAAUAUUAAUUUUAUAAAAUGUUUGCUUUUAUUCGUGAAACCAGCAUCACCAUUAAAACCGAUUUAUAGAUGUGGGGUUUUCUGGAACACUGAAUUUGAUGUAAUAAAAUGUCUAACAAUUUUAUUGAAUAAAUGAACAUAAUCAGUGCACUGUUAAACUUAUUUAUUUUGGAAUUUGAUCUUUUAGACAAAUAGCACUAACUAUAAUCUUGACCCGAGCUGGACUUGGACUUGAUCCCAAAGCUCUCAGGCGUUUGUCCUUUGUUGUUGUAAGACUUGCAUUCCUCCCUUGUCUGACAGAAACUAUUGUAGAUGGCAUUGCUGGUCAUCUUAUAUUAGGUAUCCCAUGGCAGUGGGGAUUUAUGUUGGGGUAAGUAUUGUUAAUUAAAAAUCAAACUAAAGAUGUGUUGAUAGGAUGCUCUACUGUAGUAUAUUUUUUGCUUUUGAACAUCUGUAAGAAAACUAUUUCAAAUAUUUAGGUGAAUCAAGUCUUUAUGGGAGGUUAAAAAAAGGAUUGUGAUGUAUAUAAAUGUGUAUAUAAAUAAUUACCUACUUAAUGGGUUAUCCAAACAUAUCUUAUUCCACUAUUUAUUUACUUUACAGUUAUUCAUAUAUUACCAUUUAUUCUUGACACUUUACUGCUACUAUUUGUAUGUACUUUUUCCUUAUUUUGUUGUUUUUCAUUCUUUUUAGGAUUUUAACAAUUAUUCAUUUUAUUCUCCUUUAGUUUUUUUUUCUUUGAGUUUUUAAUUUCCAUUUGUUGUUUUUUGUCUUGUCUGCUGAGGAAGGCGUUUAGCUAAAAUGUCUUUGUAAUUGUCCUGUCUUUUUUUCAAGCCUAAACAUAUCUUGUUUCACUAAUUAUUUCCUUUACACAGCUGGAAAGCAGUCCCCAACAUAGUACCCUUAAUUGGUUAGCAUAUUCUAAAACUUAAUGCAUGGCUUAAGUUCAUUAAUCAUGCAUUCAACAGGCUAUCUUGGAAUUAAAAAAAUAAGAUUUAAUCUUUAAAAAAUAAACAUUGACAUGGCAACUUAAAAACCUGAUGCAUUUAAAAUGCUGAACUAUAUAGUGCCUGUUGAGCACUUAAAAUACAAAUUGAACUUUGAAACCAACUAUCAAAGCCUACCUAAUGCUACUAGUAGUAUUUAAAUCUGUAAGAUAGAAAAUUGUGGCAGGAGAUAAUUAAUUAUUGUUGCAGGUUUGGUAUUGUUGCUCUUACCCCUUCUGUUAAAGUCCCAUCUCUCCUGACUGAAGAUAUUUGAUUAUUAUUGCAGGUUUGUUAUCUCUGCUGUCUCCCCUGCUGUCAUAGUCCCAUCCCUACUGGGCCUUGGUGAGCGUGGAUAUGGGCUGGAGAAGGGAAUACCGACUCUAGUGAUUGCAGCUGCCAGUAUAGAUGAUGUCUUGGCUAUCACUGGAUUUGGUGUUCUUCUAGGAAUUACCUUUUCAAUAGGUCAGUAGAUCAAUAUCAGCUAAGUAAGGGGGUGAAAAGGGGGUGGGGGGGGCAAACAUUUUGACUCAGUUACCCAAAGUUUUCAAAGAGAAAUUUUAUUUAUUCAAUAAAUUUAUAGAUUUUAUUUUUAAAAACUUGUUACAAAUGCAAGUAAAAAAAAAUUGUGUGUAGUGAAGCAGUUUUUGUCUUAUUCCCCAUAUCCGUAAAUUUUAUUUUUAAAACCUCUGUAGGUGACAUUGUGUGGACUCUUUUUAAGGGACCUCUUGAAGUGAUUGUAGGCACUACUUAUGGUAUUGUUGGCGGCAUCAUUCUUUGGUACAUUCCUCAGAAGACAAGUGUGAGUAAAUCAUUGUAAAUAUCACAGUUGUCAUAAUGUCAAUUAAAUGAUGAUUGAAUAUAUGAAAUAAUAUAUUCUACAUUUUAAGAAAGCAAAUAUUGAAUGGUUUUUACAAGAAAUUGUGUAUUUUUUUAUCAGGCUUUGUGUGCUGGUGAACAUUGAAUGCAUAUAUAUAUCAGUAUAUAAUAUAUAUAUCUUUGCUACAGAUUAAUUUGCUCAUUUCCUCAACAGAAACACUUGCAUCUGUUCAGGUCAGCUCUCCUUAUGGCUCUUGGUUUAAUGGCCAUAUUUGGCAGUAUUAAAAUGCAUUGGGCUGGAGCAGGCCCUCUAGCCGCUCUAACAGUUCCCUUUGUUGCUGCAAUAAGGUGGAGAACUGAGUUCAAAGGUCAGCAGGUAAAUAUGUUGCACAGUUCUUUCUUCGUGAUAUUCCAAUUACUCUUUCAAUUCCCCGUUUAAUUCCUCUGACUAUGAGGAUCAUUAUCCUGGCUGCAAACAGCUUAGUCACAUGCUGAAUCUUCCGCACUUUUUUGACGGACUUGGGGCAGCCACUUUCUUGUUUCGUGCUAUGGUACCAUCAGCAUAUUUUGAUUUUUUUUACAGUACGUAUUAAGACCUUUUUUACUCCAUAUUUUAUUUGGGAAGUCGGUAAUCAUUUGCCUAGCGCCGCGGCCCCCCCCCCCCCUCGUUUCCAAUUACAAACUUUCAAUUCGGAUAUGAUCUUCUGUUAUAGUGUUUUUUCAUUAUUUUGAUUUUUUUUUCCGUAAGUAUUAAGACCUUUUUUUCCCCUUAUUUUAUUUGGGAAGGUGGGAAUUCUUUGACUAGCGCCGCGGCCCCCCCCCCCCCCUCGUUUCCAAUUACAAACUUUCAAUUCGGAUAUGAUCUUCUGUUAUAGUGUUUUUUCAUUUCAUCACCUCUGCACAUUUGCUUAUGAUAGUCUGUGCGGCAAAUACUGCCCUAAACAUAAUUGGAUAUCUAUUGUAUAAGAUUUCUUGAGGUGGGUCUUAAUUUUUUGCUCCACCCUGUAUACAUUUUUCAAUACCUGGUAUAUAUAUAUAUAAAAAAAGAUCAUACAUUAAACAUUCUGAUUAAGAUAACAGUUUAAAAAACUGGACGAUAACUUGAUAGUCUUUGUCUGAUAUUUUGUCUGAACAGUUGCUUUGUAUUUAUAACAACCUAUGCUCCCUGAUCUUUCAGGAUCCUAUAGAGGAUGUGGUGGGCGUACUGUGGAUGCUCUUCCAGCCAUUCUUGUUUGGUCUGAUUGGUUCAGAAGUGAAAGUCUCCUCUUUAGAUGGUCAAGUCGUAGGUAACUGUCUACAAUAUUAAUAUCUUGUUCUUCUAAUAUUUUGAGAAUUUUUGUUAUUUUUAAAAAUGUCUUGUGAUGACAUUACACUGAAACUUUGAGUAAAUGAAGAAUCAAGGCAAUAACAGUUUGUUCAUCAGUUUUUGAUCAGCAUUAAUUAGAGUGGGGAUCAGGAUAAGAGUGGGAGAUCAGCAAUAGAAUGGUGAUCAGGAAUAGAAUGGUGAUCAGGAAAUAACCAUUAUAAUGAUGAUCAGGAUAAGAGUGGGUGAUCAGGAGAUCAAGAAUAGAAUGUUGAUCAGGAAAUAACCAUUAUAAUGGUGAUCAGGAUAAGAAUGGGUGAUCAGGAGAUCAAGAAUAGAAUGGUGAUCAGGAAAUAACCAUUAUCAUGGUGAUCAGGAUAAGAGUGGGUGAUCAGGAGAUCAGGAAUAGAAUGGUGAUAUGGUUGUAUAGAAAUAAAUGAGUGAGAAUGUUUUAAGUUUAAGGUAUCUUUUUACAUUUCUUGUUUCUCACUCACAUUGUUGAAGCUAACUUUGCUACAUUUUUAUUUAUUUUUAUUUGUGCUAAUGGUAAUGAAUUCAUUCAUCAUUACACUUAGUUCAAGAUGUUUUCCUUAGUAUGCAUUGACAACAUGUUAUAUUUUAAACCAGGGGUCUCCAAACUUUUCAGCCCGAGGGCCGCAUUAACUAUCAAACAGUAGUUCGCGGGCCGACUGCACAACGAGCUCGAGCAGGGCUUCUGUCAGCAUUAUCUCGGGUGGCCUCCUCCCCCCCCCCCACCCCACCCCCAAGCACUACUGCACGCCUCUAUUUUAAUUCGGUAAAAACAUAACUUCCACGUAAGCGGCGUCUGAUCUUGUCAGGAUACACGUACUUUUGAGUAAUUUUUUAUUCCGUUUACAAAAGUUCUCCGCGGGCCGCAUGAGAGAGCCUCGCGGGUGGUAGUUUGGAGACCCCUGUUUUAAACCAUUACUUGGUUAAAAUACCUAAUUCUUGGCAAUGUUUAGCACCAACAGUAGCAUGUGUGAAUAUAUAAUAAAGUGGUGGCUUUUCCAGGGCUUGGCAUUGCUGUGCUAACUAUUGGUCUUAUUGCAAGGGUCCUGGUCUCCUUUUUGGCUGUUUUUUUCACAAACCUUAACUUUAAAGAAAGGUUUUUCAUUGCUAUGGCUUGGUUACCUAAGGCUACUGUGCAAGUAAGUAACGGAAGUAUAUGCUUAAACAAAGGUAUGUUAAUAUAUAUUAUAAACCAAAUUAAAUUUUUAAUUUUUGACCAAAGUGUAAUGCUGGGCUCUGAAAUGUUUUAUAUCCCAGUGGUAAUUUCCUGAAUAAAAUCUAUAUUUAUUUUAUAGUUGCUAGAUAGAAAAGUGCAAACUUUUCCUUAAGCAGUUUAUGCUAUUUUUAUGGUGAUUUUUAAAGGAAUGCUUUUUAUUUGCAUGGAAGCCCCUCAAAUUUUUAUAUGUUUAAUACUUUUUUUUCUACUCAGGCUGCCAUUGGAACAGUUGCCCUUGACCUUGCAAUGAAAAAUAAUGACAAAGAUUCAGAAGAAUUAGGAAAAAAGGUUUAAUGAUAUCUUAUAUUACAAAAGAAAUUUGUCAAAAGCAAAUAUGCAAAUUCUAAAGAUAGCAUUCUUCAUGAGAUUUUCAAGACUGUCUAUUUAAUUGGAUAAAGUUGAUUUUGUAAUUUGUUUAAUAAAGCGUUUGAAAUUUUAUUGGUGAACUUUCAGAAGUAAACAUAAUUUUUUUAUGCCACCGGCUAUACAUAUUUGUACCAGACAUUUGAAUAAAGAAUAAGGCAGCCAUUAGUUCAAAAUAUAUAAUAAAUAACAUGGACUGCAAUCCAUUCUCUACAGGUUUUAACCCUUGCUGUGUUGUCAAUAUUGUUGACGGCUCCCUUGGGUUCUCUUCUGAUAUCCAUAUCAGGACCACUUCUCUUGGAACGUCAAGACAGUCCAACCGUCGAAGAAGAAAUUUCCAAAACCAGCUUGGGAAAACAGGAAGUAAAAGACUGGGAAAUGUUAAAUACCAGCAAUGAAGAUGAAAGAGAACUUAGAGAAGAAGAGAAAGAACUGAGGGCAGAGGAAGGAGACACAGGAGUGUAAAAUGAAUUUUAAAAUAAUGUGUGCAUGAAAAAAUUAUAGAGCUACCGUACCAAAAAUUCUUUGGUUCUUUUUCCCAGUAUAUUUUGUUUUGAUAGUCUUCUUUAUUUGUGGUUUAACUUUAAAGUACCCUACGUAAUUUUAUGAUUUGCUGUCUUCCAUUUCUGUUUUUCCGUCCCACAAAGAAAAAUUAUUUAAUUAUGUUCAAUCUAUAAAUGUUUUUCAAGUUAUCUGCAAAUUAACUACAACUUUUUUUUUCGUAGCAAUCAGACCUUGCUACUGGUACUAAAUGGUCUUUUAUAAAACUCACCCCAUUUGAGAAGAAAAGCAAAUGUUUAGAAACAAUGUACCUCAAAUGGUGUUGUGGGAUUUUGUUUUAAAUUGCAAUUACGAAACAAUACAAAAUAGUUUUGGAGCUGUUGAAAAAAUAAAUAUUUAUUAUACCUUCAAGUUGUUCAGUUAGGGGUGGUGGUGUUGCAACACACACAAUAUUACUAAGUAUUUAAUUCAUUAUAUCUGAACUGUCUUUCCUUCAUAAGAAGAACCCUACCUUAGCAAUAACUGAAUGUUUUCAUUCACCAGCCAGUUGGUACAGGUAUGAAAAAUUGAAUUUAUUUAUUUUUUACCUGGUACUAAGUGGUACGCAUCAAAUUGUUAUUUAUUUUUUAAAAUUAAUAACUGUUUUUUGUUUAAGGAUUUUGGUUGUACUGAUAAUUUAAAGAGUUGAGGAAAAUCAAACAUAAUGUUUUAAUUUAAACCUGAAUGAUUGAGGACUUAAAAGUUUUUUGAAUUUAUUCUAAGCUUGGUACGUGAAAAUUAUGAUGCAAAAUUUUGUUAUUUAAAAGUGUUUGAUCGGUGAAUGUAAGGAAAUAUUGGUACAAUAAAACCUGUGUAAAUAUUUAAUGAAGCAUUAAGUCAUAUGGGUAGAACAAAAUAUCUUUAUAUCAACAAUUUUUUAAUAUAUACUGGUAAUUUAUACAUUUUUUCCAUGUAUGUACAGAACCAUUAUAGAAGGUAGUUGAAAAUGGUUGAUUAUGAAAAGUUGUAAAUACUUUUUGGCAGAUCUGUUGUAAUCAAUGUUAAUUUAAUGUCACUGAAGGAAAAUAUAUUUUACAUUUAAAUUUUAAUGCUACGAAGAUGUGCUGAUUACCUGUACAGUUUUGAAAAAUAUGUUUUAUGUAUUGACUAUUAUAGAAAUUAUAGCAAAAUAUAUAUUUCUGAAAUACUGCUAAGUUAAAUGGCCAUGACAUAAUAAUUUAUUUCAUACCAGGUAAUUGUUGUAUUAAGUUCGAUUUCAUAGUCAUAGUUUACAAUAGCAAUUUCUGCCAUGGUAGCUGUUUAAUGCAGGGCAACUACAUUUUUGUGACAUAAUUUCAUUAUGGAUUCAUUGAGUUUCGGUAUUAUAAAUUGCUAUUUUACAAGGAAAGGAAAAUUUGACUAAAAGAUAAACAAUAAUCCCAUAGUAAGCUAAUAGUUGUUAUAUGACAUUUAAAACUAUGAGUUUUAUUUGGAGAUACCAGCCUGUCGAACCAUGAUGAUAAAAGAUGUUAUGCACCUAUUUAUUUUGGUGUAAGGCAAAUUUAAUUUGUUAAAACUGUAGGGAUUUUAAAAUUGGCAUAUUAAUUACCUACCUGUACUACUGAAACUCAUGGGUAUUGGUGGUGUACAUACUUGCCAGCCUUGCAUGCUCAGUCCUUGUCACUGCAGCUUUUUCCCCAUCUCAAACAGGUUUAUUUACCUGUAUCGAUUUCAUUCUUAAAAGUAAUUCUACAAUGUAUGUCACACCUUAAAUCAAAUAACGCAAUAAUACACAAUUGAAUUGGCUCUCCCCCACCCCAUUUUUUUAUAUAUUAAAAAAAUUAAAAACAAACCCACCAACCUUUUAACUUUAUCAAAAUAAAAAAAUUGUCUUACAAAUCUUUUCAUAUUUGACAGUAAAUGUAGUUCUAAAAUAUUAUAGUUCUACAAGAACGGGACAUAUUUAUUAUAAAUUUAUGUCUAAAUAGUUUGCUAGAACUUUGUAUAUUAAUUCCCAUGUGUUUCUUUUGGUAAGCACCUAAUGAUUUAUUAGCAACAUCAAACAAGGUUUUUAAAUUUAAUCAUGGUAUUGACCAUUUACAAAAAUUAUAAAGGCAAAUAAAUUUCUAAAAUCAUGCAAUAUUUCAUUAGCUUUGUUUAUCAGAGUUAAUAUCUAAACAAUAUUCAUAUAAUGUAAUAUUUAUUUAAGACAAUAAGAAUAUCUUUAUCAACAUUUUUCUCCAAAUAAUAUUGUUGCACAGUUAUUUUUCUUGAUUAAUUCUUUAUAAUGUUUCGAUUUUAAAAUUAACACUACUUGAGUUUUAAAAUAAUCAACUCUGGCUGCUUUUUAGAAUUUAAUUUAAAGCAUUUUAGUUUACUUAUUUAAUCUAAAAAAAACAAAAAACAAUAAAUUAUUGAUUUUUUUAUGGUUACUGUCUUGCUAUGUAUGAAAGUAGUGCUUAUAAUCAGCAAGGUUAAUCAAAUGUGCUAUUUGAUUUAAAAAAGUCUCUGCAUUAAAAAACUUCUGCAUGAACAUUCAUUAAAUUCACUGAAGUGUUCCAGUGAAAUUUUUUAGUUAAUUUAAUAUUGAUUUGAAGUCAUAAAUUUACUUAAAUACCUCUAAUGUGGUAAAUGUACUUUUUUAAAAUCCAAAUAAUGACAAUAUUUAUGAUUUUUCAAAAUUAUUAUUAUUUUACAUAGUCUCUUUGCUUAUUAUUUAAAAUCAGUAUUGAAUUUUUAUAUUUGAAAAUUAUUUUUGUUACAUCCAAUUUUCAUUCAUUUCAUUUAGGAUCUUUUCUGCUACUAAAGUUAAAAUAUUUCAUUAAAACCGUAUUUUAUUUAAGUUUGAAAUUUCUUUAGAGUUUAUUGUCUAUGAAAUGUACUGCAGAUGUAGCAUAAGCAUAAAUUUUUUUUUACAUUUUAUUAAAAUGUAAAUUGCUGUAUGCUAUUAUAAUAUUUUUAUAAAAGGCUAGAGUUUAAAUGAAAAUUUUAUUUUUAACUAAUUCACAAAAACAAAAUAGAAAGGGGAUAUAAUAAUAAAUUAAUUUUAGUUGGCUGUUAUUCAAUUUUAAAUUAAUACAUUUUAUUGUAGCUUUAAAAUUUAAUUAGUAAAUCAGUGCUAACCAUAUCUUUGCUAGGCCUACAUUUUGUAAUGAUUAUUUUUUAUAAAAAGUAGGUAGCUGAACUUAUGCAACUGUAUAGGUACAUAGCUUUGCAUAUCAAUAAUAUCAUUAACUUAAUAACAAUCUAGUCACCAGUUCAAAUUGCAGUUGUAGUUGAAACUUUUUGAUAAAAUUCAUAUCUUCAAACAAUUUUUCUCUAGAUCAUCCUUUGACAUUUUUCUCUUCAUUGAAGUGUAGUUUAAAAACUAGUCCUAAUUUCAUAUCAAGAGAAUUGUAAAGGUCUAUUUUUUUAAUGACUCACAUUCACAUCAUUUAAAAAUUUUUAAUAUUUUAUUAUACAAAUAUUUUAUGGGCUGUAAAGUUUUGCUUAAGUAUAACGUAACCUGAAAAAUUGAUGUAAAUAUACCAAAGAAGAUUUAAAUUAUAAAUAAACAUUUGGAUAUUCCCCUAGCUUCUUCUGUUCCCAUUUUUUAGAAAAAACUUGUUUUUCCACUCAAUAUUACACUUACAGACUUAUUACAUUUGCAUCAACAUCUUAAAAAUUAUGUAAAUUGAAGGUACAUUGUUCAGGUAUAUUUUAUAAGUUUAGAAAGCAAUGCAAAAAUCGAAUUGUAUAAGAAGCAACAAGAAUUUUUUUAAAGAAACAAAACACAUAACAAAAUUAUAAGUUUUAUAACACUUGAAAGUUACAUAGUUUGUUUUAUCUGUUGAAAAUUAUCAAUCUAAGCAUGAAAAAUAAUGGAUUUACCAAUAAUUAUUCAUGAAACAACUGAAAUUUUAAGUAUGCUAUGAAUUUUAGAAAGAAAGGCUAAACAUGUUUCCUUACAAUGAAACUCAUCUUAGCAGAAGUAGGUCAAUACAUUUGAGAAGUAUAUAUUUUACAUAUUAUGUAAUCUAUUUUUCUCUUAAAUUUUCAUAACUUGUUUUUUUCACCUUUCUUAUCUCUACCUAGCUCUCCAUUUAAUAACAUUUCCAAGCUAGUAUGGUAGGAAUUUAUAUCUCCACUUUGAGGUAAAAAGAUAAAUUUCUUAGACACAUUUUUGAACUGUAAUAUUUUAAUAUUGCUGGCUAAUACACCUUCCUCACUUUGCUGUAAAGGCAUCAGGUCAUUGACACUCAAAUAAAUAUCUCUACGAUUUCCAAAAACUGACAAAUGAGAAAUUUUUAGGUAGUCUAAAUUUGUGCUGAUCAUCAUCUUUCCAACAACUUUUGAUAUCAAUACAGCAGGUCCAAGAAAGAAAGCAGCAUACAUUAUAAACAUAAAAGCAAGGCUCUGAGCUGUUUGCAUUGGAAGAAUUCCCAUGUAUCCUAUUCCUAAAAUAGAUGGUGAUCCUACUGUUGCACAAAUGGUUGAAAUUUUAUUCAAUUUGCAAAUAGUACGGAGAGUUCUUAAUCUUUCUAUUAGAUAAAUUACUUCAUAGUCAAGCGAUUUCCUUUCAUCUUGAAGUUUACUUAGUGAAGUAGUAUGCUUAUAGCAUAAAGGUGAAUCCGAUCUUUUUAAGUGCAGAAUAUCCAUUCUGUUAAAGAAUGAAGGAUGUCCCAAAUUAGAGUCUUUUGACAAAGUUGACAGAAAUUUGCAAAAUCUGGCAUUUUGCAAUGGUUCAAAGCUUUUGGGGAUGGUGCCAUUCUUCAUAAAUUGUAAAUAGGUAGACGAAUAUCUUAUUUGUCUGCUGAAGUAUGUUGUUAGUUUAUUAUUGAGCAACAUUUUAUGAAGCACAAUUCUUAUAUAGGAACACUGGUAUACUUUGGCUUUUCCCUGCAUUUAAAAAAAAGAAAGAGUAAGUCAUUACAUCUUUCAUAACAGAUGAAUUCAAGAAAAUUGGUUGGCAAUACAAUAUACAACAAAUUUAUAUAACAAAUGUGUAGAUAUGAUUGUUAUUGUGGUCCAGUUUCAAACCACAAUAACCAUAAAUUUAUAUGACAAAUGUAUAGAUUGUUAAUGUUAUCUAGUUUCAAACCACAGAAUAAUUUUAAUAGAAAAACAGGAAUAAACGACAACUAACAGGAAUAAACUACAACUACCAGAAGAGAUGUGAUGAAUAAGUAUGAGCAUCAGGGAAAUGUUUGCUAAUACCAAUUUACUAACUACACUAGUAUUUUUUUAGCUUAUUUUAAAGAACACUUUAAAAUACAAAUAAAUUUUAAAAACACUGUAGUACUAAGUUGAAAAACAAUUUAUUGUAAAAUAAGGUGGUAUGCUCCAAAGCUAUAGUAAAUUUUAAAUUACUUUAAAAAUAACAAUUUGUACUUGUAUUAGUUGUAUACUUUUGACCACUAUUUUUAUUAAAUUUUAUAAAUUAAAAUAAGUAGCACAAGGUAGGGGAAACCCCCCAAAAAUUCCAAACAAAACAAUUAUUGCUAUCAGCAGAAAGCCUUCAGCAAACAAAAAACCAAAGUAAACAACAUAAUAAAUUAAUAAAAAAAUAUUUUAAUUAUUUCCUUUAACUUUAACCAAAAAUGAUCUUGUGAAAUCUUUUAAUUUAAGAAUAAAUUGGCUUCUAGGCUACUACUAACAGGCCAAAAUGUUGUUCAGAUUUCCGUUUAGUGGUUUAUCCAAAGUUAUCAAUUUCAAACUAUUUAUAACUAUUGAUAUAUUGGAGAGAAGAAUAUAGAGUACUUAAUAAAUUUUAUUUUUAAGACUGUUCUUUUAAAAUUAAAUUUUUGUGAAAAGAAUGAGUGUUUUUUUCUUUCUUUUUUUUUUUUGUGCCUUUGUUUAUUAUAAAAAAUUACCUGAAAUGUUAUUUUUGGUUGAGCUUUCUCCAUUUGAAAGUGAACCAGCCCAAAUUUACACUUCCUAAACUUCACUAAGCCUGUUUCUUCCCUACCACGUCACUUUCACUCCUUUACAUUCUCACACUAACUCUCCCCUACCACCUCCACCCUGCCUUAUAUUUUCCUCAUAGACAUUCAAAUCCAAUUUAUUUUUUUGUUACCUAUAACCUACCUCUGAAUAAGCAAUACAAGUUUUAGUGGGUUAUUUAGGAACAGUAUAAAUUAUAAAAAUAACCAUGUCACGAAAAAAGAAGCUUGCGAAAUGCUGCCCUACAACAUUAUGAUAACAAUUUUAGUUUUACUCCUUAUUCCUGUCACUGGACCCCACUCUCACCUAUAGUACUUUCCCCUGCCAAAUAAGUAAAUUUAAGGACAGUCCAUAAAAUGUAUACCUAAAAAUUCUAAAAUGUUUUGUCCUUUAAAAGAUGAGACAAUUUACAAAUAUCAUAAACCAGUUUAUAUACUGAAAAAAUGGAAAUUUCAGUGUUUGUGAAUUCUUCAUGCUUGCUUUAACUAAACUUACAAGUAUGACAAUAAUCAAGAGUCUCAACAUUGAUGAGAAUAACAAAUUAUUUAAUAUAAUAUAAUCUCUUAUAAUAACUUAUAUAUUAUAUAUAUAUAUAUAUUAUAAUUAUAUAUCUUCUGGUAUGGCUGCUUCCAAGUUAUGUUAAUAAUUAAUAUUAAUAUUAUUAUUAAGGCUUGAAAUUCAUGAAAAUGAAAUUUUACAAGAAAAUCAAGUCAAAAGAAUCAGAAAGUUUCGGCAAGACGCCUUCUCCUUCAAAACAAGAAAGGAUAAUAAGUAGAAGUAGAAAGAAGCAACAACACUGACAACACUAACACUAACAGUACUAACAGUAUAACACCAAAGUUCGAAAGAAUUGAAUUAGUAAUUUAAUUUAGAAAGGAACUGAUCUUGAAAAGCAUGAUUUUUUCAUAACCGGCGACGCUCAAGUGGUAGAUUACCUACGACUAUAAUUAUAAUAUCUUAAGUUAAAGAAUUAUUGUAGGCUCAAUUAGAGUUAGGAAUUACCAGUCUAAUUACACUUGUGAAAGUAAAUAUAAUAAUAACUUCGUCUAAACACAGUACAACUUUUGUCCUC